GUGGCAGAGCCCUUUUGACCCUACGUCCUUGCCGUAGUUGCAGCCGUUCAGAGCGUCAUGGCGCCUGUCAUCUGACUCAAAACUUUUGACGUGACAAACUUUUCUGCUGAUAUGUCUUUCCAUCUCCUGACAGCUGAUUGUAGGGCGCUCCAUCUUAGACCUUUUACAAACCGCAGCGGACAUCAGAUGAGAAACAUACAAAUAUGAAACUCCACGAUGUAACGUUAAACGGUAAUGCGCGCUAACGUUUACCCGUGCAAAGAUGAAGCUGGUUGCUAACGGUUGCUAAGUUCGCUAAACUUUGGAUGUCGCGGGAUUUCAGUAUCAUAAGUGCAUUAAAGCGUCUUUAUAACUCAUCCAAGUGCCUGUUUUGACUUCGGACAGUUAGUCAUUGGUGUCAAAAUGUGUCGUUUUCUACGCUACUGCGUCAGCCACUGCCUUCAUGCGGCGAUGACACGGCUGGAGGAGGUCAACGGGGAGGUGAGCAUGUGGUCAUCUGUCCGGUGGUUGGGCUACCUGUCCAGUCUAAACCUGUUGGUCGCCCUGUGCCUGGGGCUCUAUGCCCGGUGGGAAAGCACCGCGGAGUCCACUCUUCUUAUCAUUUUGGUUUUGGCUCUAUUUGUCCUCGGAAUAGCGAGUGUACUGUACUACUUCUUCAGUAUGGAGAGGGUCAGCCUCAGCCUCCUGCACCUGUGGUUCGGCUUCCUCCUGGGUCUGCUGUGUUUCCUCAGCAGCCCCGCCUUGGAGAGUGACGUGAAGGAGCAGGCGGCCAACUACCUGCUGCUGGCCAGUGUGGCCUUGAGGACGCUGUGGGCGCUGCUGGAGAGACUGUUGGGAUGUACCAGGUACCGCCCGGCCUUCCUCACAUCGGCAGAGCGGCUGGAGCUGGCGGGCUUUGCCGCCGCCAGCACGGCGCUGCUCAUCCAGAAGUCCCUGAGCGUCAUGGUGCUGGUGAUGGCGCUGGCCACGGUCAUGGUUGCCCUCAGGAUGAAGGCUCUCCUGGCGUUACCCAACCUGGUCUGCUUCGCUGUCAUCACCGCUGUGCUGUUCUUCAAGACUCUCAACAUCACCACCAACCCUUUCGCCCUCGCCUGCUUCUUCAGCCAGCUCAUCUGUGACCCUCUGCUGGAUGUGUACUUCAGCGGUCUCUCUGUGACCGAGCGCUGGCAGCCUUUCCUGGUGUGGAAGGGUUUGUGGCGUCGGCUCUCCCUCUUGCCUCUGCUGGUGGUGGAGGUGAUCUUCAUCAUUCUGGCAGCGCGGAAGCUGACAGACCUGGACCAGUGGUACCUGAUGAUCCCAGGAUUUGCGGUGUGCGCACUCUUCUGGGCCAUCUGCCACAUGGUGUUUGUCAUCACAGUGUGGGGCUUUCACACCAAGCUCAGUGACUGCCAGAGGCUGUGCGUGAUCCAGGGGUCAGGGGUCAGCGGGCUGGAUAGGGUCAUGGCCUCUAAGGGCAUGAGACACUUCUGCCUCAUCUCUGAACGCCUCGUGCUCUUCACACUGGUGUCAACUGUUGCUGUUGCUGCUUUUUCUUGGCAGGCCUCCAGCAGCAUUUUUGUGAGCAUGUUUCUGUUGGUGCUGCCUCUGGAGUCUCUGUUCCACGGCCUUUUCCAUGAACUCGGAAACAGCCUGGGAGGAACCUGUGUGGGCUACGCGUUGGUCAUCCCCACCAACUUCUGCAGUUCUGACGGUCAGCCCCUGCUGCUGCCUCCAGAUCAGGUGCAGGAGCUGAACAGGCGCUCUACAGGCAUGUUGAACCAUGUGCAGCGUUUCUUCGCCCACCACCUGAUCGACAGUUUUGGUUGCGAUUAUUCCACCAGCGGAGUGACCCUGGAGGCUCUGCAGGCCAAGCUCAAAUCCUUCUUGGAGCUCCGCACCGCUGACGGGCCUCGCCACGACACCUACGUGAUCUACUACAGCGGUCACACCCACCGAUCUGGAGAGUGGGCGCUGGCAGGAGGAGACACUCUUCGUCUGGAUCAGAUCUUGGAGUGGUGGAGAGAGAAGAACGGCAGCUUCUGCUCGCGCCUCAUUCUGGUGCUAGACUGCGACGACUCGUUGCCGUGGGUGAAGGAGGUCAAGAAGGUGGAGGGCGUGCACGUGGCGGUGCAGGGUGCAACUCUCGCCCGUGUGACGGACGUCGAGCAGCAGGACCCCCCGCAGCUCGGAGACUUCACCUCUCAGUGGGUGGAGUAUAACUGCAACGCCAACAGCCACAUCCAGUGGUCGGAGAGGGGCAGGGCGGUCUCUGCCUCCUACGGCAUCUCUAAACACUGGAGCGACUACACGCUUCACCUGCCGACAGGAAGUGACGUCACCAACCACUGGAGCAUGUACUUCCCUCGGAUGACCUACCCGGUGGUGCAGAUGGCGUUGUGGUGCGGCGGCCUGAACCUGCUGUGGCUCUGCAGCGCCUGCCUGCGAUGUCUCAGGAGAGUCAAACUCAACUGGUUUCCACCAGCGAUACUGGACACUGGCCAAGGCUUCAAACUGGUCAGAUCUUGAACAAAGCCUAUUUUUUUUUAUUUCUAGAAUAUAUUCCUCACAGAAUAUUUUCUGAAAGGCAAUGAGGUUUUUGAACCCUCAACAUAGGCAGCUAUUGAAUCAUACACUCCUUACUAACCAGUAUCCAUUAAGUUACUGAAAAUCUUAGUUACUGAUUGGUGCAUUUUGAAAUUCUGUCUUUUUAGUACUGGUUUUUAUAUUCCUUGCAAAUUGUUCUAUUAAUGUUGGAUUUUAGAUUUGAUAAUAUGUCAGUUUAUGUGAUGAUACUGAGCACAUUGAUACUAUUUUGCACAUUUUUACAUCGUAUGCACUGUUAGAUCUGAUUCCAUCUUGAUAUUAAGAACAUUCGCACUGUGCCUUUUUACCGUAAAAUCACCAAAGAACAUGACGCUCACUAAGGCUGAUCUUUGUAACCUUGAACCAAAGUGGCAGCGGUACAUCUUCAAAGGAGAUCAAAAUGUUAUAUAAUCGUAUUUUAAUUGUGAAAUGAUUUCCGCCUACACCCUUCUGUAAUCUACAGUGUAUUUUAUGAAAUGCAUUUGGUCAAAGCUUGAAUAUAUUCAGAGCGCUGCUUUGUGUCUAUUGUAACAGAAAUGUCUAAUGCUUUUGAGUUGAUUCUUAAAUCUACUCCAGCAGCUUCAGGGACUCCAGAAAGAGUUGUAACUCUACUGGUGAAUGCACUACAAGCUGAGGUGUGAGAACUACAGUAUUUAUCUCAUAAGAAACACCAGAUUGGAAAAUGCAUUGAUCCAUCAUUGAUGAUGGGAUCCAUCUACUUCCUGGGGUGUUUUUUUACAGAUUAUUGUACUAUGCAAGUUUAUUAUAAUCAGUUUUACGUGUAAGUAAAGGAUUCAUGGUGAGAUAAUCAGGUGAAAGAUGGAGUCUGAGCUAUGCAAUAAAGGAAAAGUGGGAUUUCA